AUGCGCAGUUUUCUCUACGGUGUUCUUGCCUUUGCGGUUUUAGCUAGGAGCAGCGCCGUCGCAGCAUUCCCAAUCCCCGACGAGUCUCGCCCCUUGUCGAAGACAUCUCCUGACACUGUGGCCCCAAGAUCGCUUCGGAUCGAGGCCCAAGAAGUUAUUCAGAGCGGCCGGGGAGACGGAUAUGGUGGGUUCUGGAAAAACGUAGCCCAGAGUACUAACAAGAUCGUCAAGAGGCCGGAUAUCAAGAUAGGCAAACUUAUCGAGGCGGCCAAGAAGGCAAAAGCAAAAAUGACGAAGUCCUGA